AAUGUCUUUAAGAAAUCUGAAAGUUUAAUGUCUACGUUUUUGUAUCACCCUGUAGUAGAGUCCUGAAUUAGAAACAAAGUACGCACAAAAAACAUCUGUUUGAAUAUAAAAUUUGCAUUCGAUUGUCAGUGGACGUGCGGUGGAUAUAUUAUAUCCUUUGUUGUGGAAAAUCCGUCUAAAUGAGCGUGUCGUUAUCAAGUUCAUUCAAGGCAAUUGCUCUGAACGAUGCUACUAAAAAGCUUUUGUUUGCAUCCGUUCAAUCUUUGAACUUGAACGUUCAGUUACGUUUUAAGUCUGUGGAAGAAAAACUAGGACUACCAGCCAAGCCAAAGAAACCCACUCCUCCAUACUUUCGUUUCGCAAAUGAAAAUCGUGCAUCAAUUGUAAGAAAAUAUCCAGAUCUGAAGCCCUACGAAAUUAAUUCGAUACUGGGCAAGAUGUGGCAAUAUCUGGAAGCAGCAGACAGAGAACAUUUUACAAAACCAUACAAGACUGACCUCAUCGAGUAUUACUCAAACGAUUACACCAAAUAUAUGUCGUCCCUUUCAGACGUUGAUAAGCGAAAAAUCAAAGAAAUGAAAGUGGAAAUAAAAUAUCGAAAAGAAUUGGCUGCCCAGCAAAAAAGACUUCGUAAAUUGGACAAACCAAAGAAACCGUUGUCCUCUUUCUUUAGAUAUUAUAAGGAACAAAGUGAUCGCAAAGCAAGUGAACCGCAUCACGAUUACCUUCAACGUGUUACAUCUAGAUGGAACGCUCUGAGUGAUGCUGAAAAGGAGAAAUUUAAGACUGCAGCUGAAGAAGAAGCGGCUUACAAGAGAGCAAUGAUUCAAUGGGAGCAAAAGAUGUUCAAAUUAGAACAAGACAUUCGUAGUACUGCCAAAAAAUUACCGAAAACUCACCGACCCAUUGCUCCAGAUGAAUAGAUUUUCCUUUUUUAAUAGGUCCAUGUAAUAUAUCGAAUCCGUACAAUCUUUCCCACCGCGGCUUCAGUUCAACAAAUAAUCAAUUUUAUGUUAAAAUAUUCGGAAGAUUGAACUCUUCCAAAUUCCUCAAAAAUUAGUUAAGUUUCUUAACGAAACGAAACGGUAGUUUAGUUGCGAUUUGUGAUCAUAGAAUCUUAGAUAACCAAAAGACCAUCGGGGUUUUACUCCAAAAUGAGAUACUCUGGUCCCAUAAUGAUAUAUAUGCGACAUUUCUCAAAGAGGUAGUAUAGACACUUCAUUUAAAUUUACACGAGGUGAACGAUCCAUAGCAAAUUUGUUCAAUAAAAAAUUAUAAAUUCGUCUCAGUGCUUUAAGUUUCACCAAUUUGUAGCGAUUCAAACAAUUGAUCACCCUGUAACCAUCUUUUAGUCUUAUCAACAAAUUCUUUCGCUCUCCGCGAGUGAUCGUAUUGACUUUCAUUCAUAUCUCUGUGUGUCAGUAAACAUUUCACAUUACGAAACCUCUCCAAAAAAACAAUUAAUUAACAGAGGUGACCUUAAUCAGAUUAAGUAGAUUUGUCGUUGUCGUAAGUUUACUCAAAAUUGGA